AUGCGUGAUACGACCAGACAGAUCAAGAUGGAGAAACCUUGCCUCAAUUGGUGGAAGAAGACUUCCCCUAUUCGAAAUCAAUUGGCAGGAGCUCUAGGCAACAAUGCAGAGAGGAGCAACGACGUCGCAGGCAGCCUUGAUCAAGCCAAUGCAAUUGCUAGAUCGAGGAACAGGAGACGAACAAAAAGAAAACCCUGCACUGGAGCCCUCCAAAAUACUAAUUCUCUUUCUGGAUACCACUCAGCAUGUUCUCAGCUCAUUCGAUGCGUCAAACAGGUCGAAUCCACAGAGAUACCCUCCCAGAUGAACCUAAACACUAGCGUUAGGACUCAUAUAUUCAAGGAGAUGAGCUCCACAUUCAAGCUCAAUACAGUUGUUAGAAAACUAUUAAAACCCCUGCCAACUGGCGAAUUAGAUCAAUUCGACGGCCAGGCUACCCCUCAACAGAUGCUUGCCUACCAACAGAGAGUGGGUAGUAUCAAUUACGCGUCUGUUAUUACACGAGCCGAUGUAUCCAAAUCCAUCUCCAAAUUGGCCGAAUUUCAACUUAAUCCAGCCCCAAAACACCUUGCUGCAGCCGACCAGCUAUUACAGUACUUGGAGGGCAGCCAAAGUGGAAGCCACAUUGCAAAUCAGAGCUCGAAACGGAGGACACACGCGCGGAACCCGAAUAGUCUGUACGAUACCGGACUCGAAGGAGGCAACAGAUAUAACGCAGGUAGCACAGCCGAACGACAGAGUCGAACUGGUACCUUGCAGACCAGAGAGAAUCCCUUUAAGCAGUUUGUCCGAAAUAGGACCAAUCCACCGGAACGCGAUGUCGAGGAUAUGGAUGAUAACCGCAGAAGCCGACGAGCCAGACGAGAUUAUGUCGCGAAAGAGCUACUCACCAGACUCGUAUUCCAAUUCUAG